AGGAAAUGAAUUAUAAAAGUCAUAUUUGUCAAUUUUUCAUAAAUGUCAAAAUAUAGACAUAUAUGACAUAAAAAUAAAUGUCAGACAUUUAUGGCAAAUAUGACAUAUCAAAUAUCAUGACAAUGUAAAUCCUAGUAAAAUAAUCUUUUCAUCGAAAUCCCAUUGCCACUAUUGUAAAUUCCGGAUACAAAAAAAUAUUCCGGGGUAAAAUAGAACUUUCGGGAUGUCCCGUCCCGGUCGGGACGAGCCGGGACGGGACGUCAUUUAUCCCGUCCCGAGACCCGACCCGUCCCGAAGUCAAUCGGGACGAAAAAUCCUAUCCUGUCCCGUCCCGAAAGAGCCGUCCCGACGGGACGGUACGAGAUCAUCCCGUCCCGUGGUGAGCCCUAGUUUUUAAGCGUUGGUAGUAAAUAUUUUGCUGCGGUAAAAGUGAGGUAAUAUCCUUAAUUAAUGAAAAUAAUAUCAAUUGUUUCCUGCGGUUGAAUUUUCAUAACACGUCCGGCAUUAUUAUUACAAUUAUUAUUAUUACUUUCCAAUAAAUUGGCGAGUGGAACCAUAUUAAUUAACUUUAGAAGAUUAUCAUUUUUCAGCCCAAUUGUAAGAAGUUGGUUCAAGACAUGGAUCCUACAGCUAUCGCCCUGUGUGAUUUUAAAGGACAAAUUGCCAAGCACGAUUUGUCAAGAUUUAAAUGUAUCUUUGAUGACCAACUAUUGCUCGGAUUCCUUAACGGAAAAAAAUUCGACGUUAGCUCAGCGCUGGGAUGUCUCAAUGACUAUGUCUACGUGAGGACAACAAAACAUCAAACUUGGACAAAGACGAACCUACUCCCAUCCGUUGUGACGUUCCCGUUAGGAAAAAGAUUCAACAUUUUGAAAAACAAGGAUGUCAAAGGAAAUCUUGUUGUUAUAGAUUCGGGCAAUCUAUGGCACACGACUAGUACAACUUACGAUGAAAUACUAACGGAAAUGUUGUUCGUUGCGGAUGAACUGAUCAGAACAUACUUGGUAGACUCGGAGAGCAAUGAGGUCACCCUAAUUUGUGACGGUGAAGGACUUAGUAUUCGCCAUUCCUUGAUUAGGACUCCGUCCCGAGUAAUGAAGAUGAUGGAUUUAUUAUUGAAAAGUGUACCUAUUCGACCUGCUGGGAUUCAUCUAAUUAACGCUGGGCCAAUUAUAUCCUUUUUAUCCCGAAUUGCGACAGGCUUUCUCCCCGAGAAAAUCCGCCAAAGGGUUUUCAUUCAUCCAAAUUUGCACAGUCUGUAUGAACAUGUCCCAAAAUCCAUCCUGCCGGCUGGAAUUGGUGGUGCCUUAAGCAAUGAGGAAGCCAUUGAAGAGGAUUUGGGACAAAGGAUUGAACACCGAGACGAAUUUUAUCGGCUGAUGUUCAAUAUGUAAAUAUCAUGGUGUAUAUCAAGAAAAUAUUUCCUUGCCUUGCAAAAAAAAACAUCAAUUUCAUGUCAUGUGCUCGAAGAUAUCAUUUAUAAAGUAAUUUACACUUGUCAAAUUGUAAGUAUACAGAAGGGGUUACUUAAAUACUUAAUAAAAAUUAAUUAAUUUUUGGCAUUAAAGUCUUAAUCAG